AUGUUCUUGACAAGAUCUGAGUAUGACCGUGGCGUCAACACCUUCUCUCCCGAGGGACGGCUGUUCCAAGUGGAGUAUGCGAUUGAGGCCAUCAAGCUCGGCUCAACUACAGUCGGCGUGAAGACACCAGAGGGCGUCGUGCUCGCAGUGGAGAAGCGCGUACAGUCACCACUCCUGGAGUCGUCCUCCAUCGAGAAGAUCAUGGAGAUUGAUGGCCACCUCGGAUGCGCAAUGUCUGGCCUCACCGCCGACGCACGCACAAUGAUCGACCAUGCCCGAGUAACAUCCCAGAACCAUGCCUUCACAUACGACGAGCGCAUCAAGGUGGAGAGCGUGACGCAGGCGGUGUGCGAUCUGGCUCUGCGCUUCGGAGAGAGUGUGCACGACGAGGAUGCCAUGAUGAGUCGGCCAUUCGGUGUUGCCCUCCUCAUUGCGGGAAUCGACGAACUCGGGCCUCAACUAUUUCACACCGACCCCUCUGGUACCUUCGUGCGAUACGAGGCAAAAGCGAUCGGAUCUGGGUCAGAAGCCGCACAGACUGAACUCCAGGACAAAUGGCAUAGCCAAAUGACACUGCGGGAGGCUCAGACACUGACGUUACGUGUGCUGAAACAAGUCAUGGAGGAAAAGCUGGACCACCAUAACGUUCAGCUUGCUCAGGUCACACCGCAGGCAGGGUUCGAAAUCCUAGACGAAGUGAGGCUAAAGGAGAUUGUCGAUGCUAUGUAA